GUCGUGGGCCAGUUGUUGUGCUUCACGCUGGGAGAGACACACGUCUACAUAGGUGUGGGAUUAUCUGGUUGCAGGUGCACGCUUUUAUCAGCACAGGACAUGGCAAGCAGCUCUUCCUCACAAAGGAUUGGGGUCGUAGGAUAUGGACAUCUAGGGCAAUACCUGGUGGAGAGGAUCCUUAAAGAUGGAGCUGCUCUCGGUCUAACUCUGGCUUUUGUUUGGAACAGAAAUUCUGACAAGCUCAAAGGUUUAGUUCCUGAUGAACUCAUACUUGGUGACCUAUCAUCUUUUGCAGAAAGGCUGUGUGAUGUAAUCGUGGAAGUGUGCCAUCCUCAGAUCGUGAGAGAAUUUGGGCUUCAGUUCCUGUCUCAGUCUCAUUUCAUGGUGGGCUCUCCCUCUGCCCUUUCUGAUCCGGAUCUGAACCAGAAGCUUCGUCAGGCAGCUCAGCAGCAUGGCCGGACGCUCUACGUCCCCAGCGGUGCGUUAUGGGGCGGUCAGGACAUCCAGAGGAUGAAUGAUAGUGGGUCCCUGAAGGCUUUAUUUAUAAGAAUGUCCAAGCAUCCAUCCUGCUUCCGACUGACAGGAGACGUCCUCUCUGAUUGGACGGAAGAAGAGGGCAGGCGUGUUUUAUUCCGAGGCUCGGUGGCAGAGUUGUGCCCACUCGCUCCAAACAACGUGAACACCAUGGCGGCAGCAGCAGUGGCAGCAGGAACACUCGGCUUUACUGGUGUUCAGGGAGAGAUUGUGUCCGACACAGCGUUAAGUGACUACCAUGUGGUGGAGGUGGAGGUGACUGGGCCCACUGGGUUCUCAGUUCACACAGUGAGGAGGAAUCCAGCCAAACUGGGAGCUGUAACUGGCAGCGCAACAUACAACUCCUUCUGGAAUAGUUUACAAGUUUGCAAAGGUCAUGGAGGCCGAGUUUACUUGUGCUAAAGUGCUCUGCAGGAAUAACUUCAGCACGGCAAGAAGAUCCAGAUGCAUCAGAUGGUUUAUAGUGGAUAAACUGUACACGAGUCACU